AUGGACAAUACUGCUGCUCCAGUGGCUAUCUCUCAGUCUGAAUGGCAGAAUUUGAGAAUUCCUAAUCACAGUCUCUCAUCUUCAUUCACACUCACCUCAUCAUCUCAUAUUCUGCUUCUCUCUGCAACUCCCAAAACAACCAUGGCAGCUGCUUAUGCAACUCUAGUUUCUGCUAUGAAUAUCAUAAACAACCUUCAUCAUCAUCCUAACCCUCCUAUUUCUCUCCACAUUAAACAAGUUGAGUCUCUCACUCAAAAGAUUAAUUUCCUGCUCGAAUUUCUCCAAGGCUAUAACCCCCAUCGUGACUACUGCAAAGAAGCAGAUCCAUUGGAGUGUCGUAUUGCAGAUGCAGCUUAUGCGGUCGAACAUGCCAUUGAAUCUCAUAUUUUGGACCAGUUCAUAAAUAAUGCAGAAAAUAUUGUUCAUCUGUCAAAAAGAAAAAAAAGAAAAAAAAAUAUGAGUUAUGAUGGCCUUUGUGAAGCUCUGGAGAAGGUGAUAGAAGACAUGGCUUCUAUCGAAGAGGAGGCCAAGCAAAUUCAAGGGAGAGUUGAAGUCCAAGUCCAACAUCAGCUGCCUCCUGAUUCCUCGAGAUCUUCUUCAAUUCCGCAGCAAAGUAGCAUGGUGGGUGCUGAUGAUGUCAAGCUUCAAAUGAUGGAUAAGCUCAUUUCUGAUGAUGAUCUACAAAUAAUUCCCAUUGUAGGGAUGGGCGGCUCCGGUAAGACCACUCUUGCUAGAACUGUUUAUGAAGAACGUCUUAUUAAGGAGCAUUUUGAUAUUUGUGCGUGGGCUACCAUCUCUCAAGAAUAUGUCAUUCGAGAAAUUUUUGUAGUAGUUCUUUGUCAGUUCAAUAUAGGAGUUGAUGGCUAUUUGAAUGAGCAUGAAUUAGGAGAAAAGUUGUAUAAACAUCUUUAUGGUAGAAGAUACCUAAUUAUAAUGGAUGAUAUGUGGAGCAUUGACGCAUGGGAUAGAGUUAGAAAUUAUUUUCCAAAUGACAAAUAUGGUAGCAGAAUAGUGGUAACAACUAGGCUAUUAGAGUUGGCUUCUAAAUUACCUAACUCUGAUCGCAUUGGGAUGAAACUUUUGGAUGAGGCUGAAAGUUGGGAGCUUCUCUCCAAAACUGUAUUUGGGGAAGAAGGUUGCCCACUUGAAUUAGAGGAAAUCGGAAAAAAGAUUGGAAAAAGCUGCAAAGGACUUCCAUUGUCAAUUGUUGUGGUGGGAGGCCUUUUGGCCAAGUCUAAGCAUACAAGAGAGUAUUGGAAAGAAAUAGGGGAAAACUUGAAUGCAAGUGUUGUUAAUUUAGAGAAUGAUGAACGUUGCUUGAAAAUACUAUACAUGAGUUACAAGCAAUUGCCAAUACAUUUGAAACCAUGUUUUCUCUAUAUGAGAGUUUUUCCUGAAGAUGAUGUGAUUGUUAUCUCGGACCUCAUUAAAUAUUGGGUUGCGGAAGGAUUUCUGAAGCCAGUAAGUGGGAAAAGCUUGGAAGAGAUAGCAAAAGAGUAUUUAAAUGACCUUAUUGGUAGAAAUCUUGUUUUAAUUCAUGAGUUAGGUAGUAUUGGAAACAUAAAAAAGUGCAAAAUUCAUGACUUAUUGAGAGACUUGUGCUUGAGAGAAGCUGAAAAAGAAAGGUUUUAUUAUACCCCAUCAGAUAGUGUAGCCAUAAGCGUCUUGCCGCCUAUGUCACAAGCUCGUUGUUUGACGUGGAAUGUUGGACGGAAACUAUCACCUCUCAAUAUAAGCUUGUUGAGGAUAGUGAAAAAGACUAGAUUCGUCCAAAAUGAUUUAUUUGGAGACCUUGAUCAAUUAGUUAACUCACGGUUCCUUUAUAUACAUCUUUUCGAAAUGGAGAAUUUUCCUUGUUCAAUAUGGCGAUUUUGGAAUUUACAAACACUGAUUGUUCACAGCUACACCAGCACUGAGGUUAAUGCGCCAACUGAUUUUUGGUGCAUGCCUCACAUCAGGCAUGUUGAGUUCGAAUGGCUUCGUCUCCCAAAUCCUCCAACAGACAUUGUUUUGGGAAAUCUGCAAAGGCUGGGGACAAUAUUAGAUUUCAAGUGUAGCAAACAAGUGGUCCAAAAAAUUCCCAAUAUAAAAGAAUUGGUUUUUUAUAAUGGGGGAGAUGAUCUCAUGUAUUGUUUGAGCAAUCUCGAUUGUCUAACUAAACUUGAGUCCUUGCAUUGCUCGAUGUCUCUAAUAAGUGCCAUCAACUUUCCCAGUUCUCUCAAGAGAUUGUUUCUUCGUACCGACUCAUCGAGUUAUUGGUGGGAAGACAUAUUGGAUAAGGUAAGUGCGUUGCCCCAUCUUCAGAAGCUCAUAAUCUCAAGUGGGAUGUUCUACGAAGGGAAGUGGGAAACAACUGAAGGCCAAUUUCGCAGCCUCAAAUUUUUGACUCUUGAGUAUUGUCGUAAUCUAGAAAUCUGGAAAAUUGAAAGCUCUCACUUUCCAUGCCUUGAGCGCCUUCAUCUUAUUGGACUAAAGAAGUUGCAGGAAAUCCCUUUAGAUCUAGCAGAAAUACCCACACUUAGAGAACUUUGUGUGUACAGUUGCAGCGAUUCGGCUGUGGUUUCAGCAAAAAGAAUAUCAGAGGAACACGAGGACUAUUACGGGGAAGGAGCCCUUCAAGUUUGCGUUCAUCUCGAGAUUUUUAAGGAAACAGUACUAGGACUGGAGAGCUUGGAUAGUCCUAACUUUCGUGUUAGACGUAUCUGA